GCUAAGCGACGGGAGUCCUCGCGAGACGCGCGCCUACGACGCCAUCCUGUCUGCCUCAGCUGCGUAGCUUGUUAGUCGGCCGUCGGUUAAGCGCUUCCUUGUUCUUUGUGGGGAGUUCCGCGCAGCCGUUUGGGGCCGAUCGCCUGGGGAAGUGGGUGAGGUGUUGCCGCAAAAUGGACUGGGCUGGGAAACAUAAUGGUCCAAAUGAUUCAUCUAGUGAUGGAACAGUACGAUUGCGUGGUCUGCCAUUUGGCUGCAGCAAGGAGGAGAUCGUUCAGUUCUUUCAAGGGUUGGAAAUCGUGCCAAAUGGGAUAACAUUGACGCUGGACUACCAGGGGAGAAGCACAGGGGAGGCCUUCGUGCAGUUUGCUUCAAAGGAGAUAGCAGAAAAAGCUCUGGGGAAACACAAGGAAAGAAUAGGGCACAGAUAUAUUGAGAUCUUCAAAAGUAGUAGGAGUGAAAUCCGAGGAUUCUAUGAUCCACCCCGAAGAAUGAUGGGACAGCGACCCGGACCAUAUGAUAGACCAAUGGGAGGAAGAGGGGGUUAUUAUGGAGCUGGGCGUGGAAGUAUGUAUGACAGAAUCCAUCGAGGAGAUGGUGGAUAUGACGGUGGAUAUGGUGGCUUUGAUGAGUAUGGUGGCUAUAACAAUUAUGCCUAUGGAAAUGAUGGCUAUGAUGACAGAAUGAGAGAUGGGAGAGGAAUGGGAGGCCAUGGCUAUGGCGGAGCAGGAGAUGCAAGUUCAGGUUUCCAAGGUGGUCAUUUUGUUCACAUGAGAGGUUUGCCUUUUCGAGCCACUGAAAAUGAUAUUGCUAAUUUUUUCUCACCACUGACUCCUAUAAGGGUUCAUAUUGACAUUGGAGCAGAUGGAAGAGCAACUGGAGAGGCUGAUGUGGAAUUUAUGACACAUGAAGAUGCAGUGGCUGCCAUGUCUAAAGACAAAAACCAUAUGCAGCAUCGAUACAUCGAGCUAUUCCUCAAUUCAACUGCUGGAGGCGGUUCCGGAAUGGGUGGCUAUGGCAGAGAUGCCAUGGAGCAAGGUGGUUAUGGUUCCGUUGGAAGAAUGGGAAUGGGCAGCAGUUACACUGGAGGAUAUGGUACUCCUGAUGGAUUGGGUGGCUAUGGUCGUGGCAGCGGAAAUAGUGGUGGAUAUUACGGGCAAGGCAACAUGGGAGGAGGUGGCUGGCGUGGAAUGUAUUGAAGAGUGUCAUUGUGUCUCCAAAGCGUGUUGGAAGGAAACAGUACUUGGUCUCCUAGGCUUUCUUACAAAACUUAAAAUUUCUUUUGUAUUGAAAACUUUAUAAUGACUGAAGGAAUGUGUUUUCCCAUUAUUUGGUAAGCAUCAGAUGGGGAAAUCUGUUUUCAUGUGAUGGGGAAAUCUGUUUUCUGUAGGUUUUAUUUGUUGCAUACUCUGACUUUAAAUAAAUUUUUUAUAUUCAAACCACUGAUGUUGAUAGUUUUUAUACUACUAGCUCCUCCUGAAGAUAGUUGCGUAUCCUAGGAUUUUGUUUAAGAAAUUUGGUUCAUUAAAAGCAGUUGUACUGGAAGAUUAUAUUAUUGAUUCUGCAUCUAUGAAAUGAAAUAACCAUUACGUUCAUGUUACAUUUGUUGAGGCUUUGAAUGAAAGUAAGUGUUAAGUGUUAAUAAAUUGUUUGUUAAUGAAAACUAAUUCAAUGAAAACUAAUGGAAGAAUGUCUGAAAAUAGUGUGGGACAUGAAGGCCAUGUGUUAAAAUUCUGGAACGCCCUAAUGCACAACUGCUACACAUGCUGUCUGAGCUAUGUGUAUGUCAGAAUUUUCAUAAUAUUUAAAAUAUAUUGAUGGAAAACAUGGUCUGAAUUUUCACUUUGUUUUCUUGGCAAUUAAAGUUUGAGAUAAGUUAUUAAUAGAUACUAUAUGAGAAAGAUAAGGGAGAAAAGCAGAAAGCUAUGGACUAUGAUAACGUUGAUAGAGAAGUAACUAUUACAGUUCUUAAAAAUAAAAUAAUUGACUUAAGGAUGCCAUUUCUAUUGCUGUGAAGCUACCUAUAUAAGGAUUGUGUGGCCAAUCUGGCAACCAAUAACAUUUCCAGCUAAAAGUCUGACGGAUUACAUAAGUAGUCCUCUUGUUUUGCAUUUUUAACAUGUAAGAUUGUUUGGAUGAAAUACUGUUUAGUCACUUAAGCAUUUUCUAUGUUUUGAAGAAAAGGUACUAAUAUUCAAGGAGAAUUUUUGUUUUAAUUGCUUGUCCUCCAGAUUCUUCAGAAUAAUUUGUCAAAUGUGAUAAAUUGAAAGUUUGUUGCCUGUUUUUGCUAGUAAUAUAUGUAAUAAAUGUCUUGUGGGAGAUAGCAAAAUAGAUUUCAUUCUAGGACGUGUUGUGUCUAUUUAUCUAAUUGAAGGGCAAACAAUGCAAAUUUUAAUCUUUUCUAAUUUGUACAAAAUUCUGUAAAAAAGAAACACUUUUUAAAGGUUUAUACUAAAAAUGCAAGUAAUUUAGAUCCAUAAGGAAUGCUCUUUUUUGAUUGAGCAUAUUUGUAUCAAGGCUUGAUGCUCAAUUGAGAGGUAAGUAUGAGAAUUUUGUGGGUCAUAGAAAAAUAGAAAAGAUACAAAUUUAUAUUAAAUACUAGCUAAAAAUGUUAAUUUGUAGAUAAGUUUUAUUCUCAGUAAAGUUUAUACAGACAGCAGCCACGUGUGUCAUAAUAGCCAUAUUUGAUUCUGAAGAUACACUUACUUUCCUGUUUGCAAAUCUUAGGAUCCUAAACAGUUUUACAGAAUAAAUGAAAUAGGCAAAACAAAGGUGAGAUCCAUAAUUUUAGUGUGCUUUACUCAAUGCACUGUGUUUUCUAAGAAAUGUACUAGGAGGUUUUUAGCAAAAUUAAUUUUAAUAUUUUAAAAUUAAUGUCUUCAGGGAGGCUAUAUAUUGAAGUACUGUAGUCCUUAUAUAGUAAACCAUCCUUAGAGUAUUAACAUCACUAGUUUUAUCCUAAAAACUAAAUUAUGCCUUUUUUCCUUGGAACCAAAGGAGGGUUAAAAUAAGUUUUGCUUGAAUACAGUGAGCAAAUAGGAGCCUUAAUAAGGAGCCUCCCUUAGUAAUAGUGUUGAACACUCAAGUGUUAG